UUUUGAAUGUAAAAAGUAAAAAUAAAAUAAAAAGUUAACGCCUUCCGUUAGCUCCAUCUGUUAGGACUAGACGGAAUUGGACGGCAGGGGCCUAAUUGUUAACGGAAUGCUAAGUUUAGGUGUUUUUUUUUGCAAGUUGUCAGAAAGUUCAUAGGUUUUUUUGAAAUUUUUCCUUAAAAAAAUAGGGUAAUGAUUGGAGAAAUAAGUAGGGUAAUGAUUAAAAAAUAAAACUAAAAUGGCAAACGAACACUACCACAGUAUAUUUUGCAAUUAACGAAUCAGAUCAUCACUAGAAUAUUUCAUUUUCCUGGACAUAUUAUAAUAUCUAAUUAAUUUUAAUAUUUUACAUAAAUAUUAUAUUUGGCAAUUAAUGAAUCAGAUCAUCACAUAUUAACGAAUCAGAUCAUCACAUAUUUAAAAAAACCACAUAACUGUAUCCAUUCUUUUAUUUUUUUUUAAAACGGAAACAUAUAUUCAUAACCAACAGUACAAAAAAUCUAAAAGGUUCUAACAACAAGAUGAAAAAAAUAACAACAAAAUAAAAGUAUGUCCAAAACUAUAAGAUAAAAUGGUGGAGACCACCGAUCCGUGGAUCAGAGAAAACACGUUAUCAUUUGUUGACUACGAAAUGGACAUUUCUUUCUCUGGCCCAUACAUACUGAACACUCUAUUCUCAUCUAUUUCAGUCCAAAUUUUGAAUACCCCCAGAUAGGUAGGAGUACAAGUUAAUGGAGAACAAAGAAGAUGGCAAUUGCUUCCACGAAGUCAAAAUCACAGACCAAGAUGGUCUCCUCCGAACCAUCAAGGUUCCAGUGGUCCAACAACUCGCCCUCAACGGCAUCAAACACUUGCCCGACCAGUACAUAAACGUACCACCGGAUCACCCAGUUGUCUCAUCCUCCGUCCCCGAUCCGUCCCAGACCUUUCCGGCUAUAGACGUGGCCCAAUUGAGAAUUGGGCCGGGAUUAGAUGGUCUGGGGCGGGCUCAAGAGCUUGUUAAGCUUGCUAGGGUGGCUAAGGAUUGGGGUUUGUUCUUGAUCGUCAACCAUGGGAUAGAGGAUUCCGUUUUGCAGAGCGUUGAGGAUGUCGUGAGGGGAUUUUUCGGGUUGUCGUUUGAGGAGAAGAAAUUGAGCGUCGGGACGUAUAUGAACGUUGACAACAUGGGUUACGGGCAGAAUUUCGUGAGGUCGGAGAAUCAACGGUUGACUUGGAUUGACCGGUUGGCGAUGAAGGCUGCUCCUAGGGAAGCAAGUGAAGGACUCCUUGUCUGGCCUCAAAAUCCAGCCAAUUUCAGGAAAGUCAUGGAGGAAUACGUAGAGGGAGCAAGAAAAGUCUGCAACCACUUACUAGAGGCCCUAGCAGAAUCCCUUUCACUAGAAAAACAUGUUUUCCUCCGAAACUUGGAUUCCAAGAGCAGUGAAAUCAACGUAAGGGUUAACUACUACCCACAAUGCCCGAGGCCAGACUUGUCCCUGGGAAUAACUCCACACUCCGAUGGGAGUGCAUUAACCUUCCUGAUGCAAUUUGGUGCCACCGGAGGGCUCCAAGUGCUCAAAGACGCGAAAUGGGUCACGGUGCCAUGGCCAGAAAAUAAGUUGCUAGUCGGUGUGGGAGAUUUGUUGGAGAUAAUGAGCAACGGGAGGUUAAAGAGCCCUUGGCACCGCGUGGCGACAAAGGCCGAAGUGGAGCGAUUAUCAGUUGCUUUGUUUUACAAUCCACCGUCUGAGGUAGAGAUCGAACCUGUGAAGGUUGAAGGGCCAAGCAAUGAGAGUUACAAGAAGGUGAUUGUUGGGGACUACAUGAGGCAUUAUUAUAAGAUUAGCCCUACAAUUGAUAAGCAGGCUAUAAAUUUUGCAAAGAUUUGAUUAGUUCGAGUAAUUAUGUGGUGAAAGUUGUAAUGUACGCGACAAUGACACCCUCGAGUCAUCAAAAUAUUUGGGUCGUGAUCUCAACCUGACCCUAUGUUGUGUAAUGAUCUCAAAACAUACCUUUCGUCUUGAAUUUCGCAGUUUAUGAAAUCUAUUACUUCGACUUAUAAUUCUAAAAA